AUGUCUGACCAUACGAGUGCAGUUUUUAAUAAUUCCUGUUUAAAAAUUCCUAGAAAUCCCGUAAGUAAACAACCGUUUCCCGUUUACGAUCAAAAGUUUAUACAUCACUUGGAAAACCAAGCGAGAAAGCUAAGUUUGGAAUCGGACUGUUUAAAUAUUAAUAAUAAAUCGAAAGGCGCAUCUGAAAAAACUUUGAAAUCGUUUAUCGAAUUUUACGAUAAAAAACAAAGAGAUUAUUAUGAAUACCUUGAUAGAAAUGGAGAUUGGAUUGAUGAAUACAAAAAUUUAAGUAACGAUGAAUAUAAACGAAAACAUUCAAAUAAAUCAAUUCUUAACGUACACAAAGAAGAUAAUGAAUCGAUAUCAUCGUGUGAAAAAGAUAUAAAACCACCUUCGAGGAGAUCUGUAAGGAUUGAAAGUCCGUCAGAAAAAUUUAGUCCUGAAGAAUCACCGGAUUUACCAUAUUUCCGAUCAAAAUCUAGGGCAAACGUUUCAUCUUCUGCAGGAUCAAAGGGGCAUAACACGACAAACGAUUCGUUUUGGGAUUUUUGCAGCGUUGAUGAAUGUCCUUUUGAUCAAAAUUUAACAACUCGUAGUGCUCCAAAUAGUCCUUGUAAAUCUAAAUUUGGAUUAAAUUGGAAAGAUGAUGGAAUAACAAUUCCAAAACCAUUUGAAAUGACUGUCAGAGAUGAAGAAAACAAAAUUGUCGAUGAUAUUAUGGUAAAAACAAAAAAGAAUAAACGAGAAGAAAAACAUGAAAUGUUUAGGGCAAAUCCGGUUCCAAUUGAAUCCCAAAUUCCUUUAUUCGAUAAAAUAAUGUCUGAUCAAGAGAAGAGGAGGCAAAAGAUUAAAAAGAAAAGUAAAGCGGCUUUAAAGGCUCAAAUGAGACCUUUUUCGUUUACAAAACGAGAUGAAGAAAUUCAAGCGAUUACUAGAAGGUUAUCGAAAUCUUCUCCCUGUAUAUUUCUUGAAUCAACCCCGGUUAAAUAUAAACCAUUCAAGGCUAAACCAAUUCCAAAACAUAUUUUUAGUGAUUAUAUUUAUCAAAAAAUGAAUGAGGAUGAAUUUUAUAGGUAA